CGAUACGGAUCGGCCGUAAAUGCUCUCGAACCAGCAACGGCAACGGUAGUGACAAGUGGCCAAGGAACCGAUUAUAGGUGAUUUUUUUAAGAAUUUGAACGAAGUUUAAAAACAAGUGUAACUUUUGUGAGCAAAAGAGUGUAAAUUGAGAUUUUUUCAAAACAAUUUGAAAUUAAUGAUGACCAAUAGUGGAAGUGUAGUCGGGAUCAAACAGUAGAAAAGUGUCGGGGUGAUUAGAAAUUGACACAAAAAAAAACCGUGCUGGAAACAAAGUGCAAAAGUUAUAAUUCAACCUGAUUAAGAUACACACUUGUAGGACAAAUCGGCUGCCAUCAAGGCGGAAAUUAAAACUUUUUUUGCCCCUUGUAAGGAAGAGGGUGCCAACGGCUGUAAUAACUCGAGAAUAGCCGCGGAUUUUGCACAGGAAGAGAGCAGUUUGGACGAGCAGAAAGAACCCCCCAAAAUGUACCUCCGGACCUCCCCCGUCAUGAUGGUCAGCUCGGUGGCGAUGGUGCUGUGCAUGGCCUGCGCUGCGUAUGGUUCCCCAGCUCCAUCCAGUUCUGGAUCGUCGGAUUUGUUACGGGCGGCGGCAGCAUCCUCCGGUGGCGGUGAAUCCGGCUUGGACGGCCGGGGGCAGCGGGAAAUCUCCGCGUCCACGUUUCAGCACCUGUUGGCCGUCCGGUCGCCCAAGUACAACUUUGGCCUCGGCAAGCGGAGAUACGUGAUCGAGAAUGCGCCCGGCGCGAAGCGGUUACCCCAGUACAACUUUGGGCUGGGCAAGCGAGGGAGGAUGGACUUGUUCGACUACGAAGAGGACAGCAUCCCGGACUGGAAGGACGACUACCAGACGCUGUUAGGAAACGACAUCGAAGAAUACGACCAGGACCAGGACAAAUCUGCGGAAAAACGAGCGUCAGGACGGUACCACUUUGGUCUGGGAAAGAGACGAAAUUACGACUUUGGACUGGGCAAACGAUCCUACCAGCAAGGUGAGAAGCGACUUCCGAACCGGUACAACUUUGGCCUCGGACGGCGUUAAUCUCCUGGAACCGAAUUGACGACACUGGCUAAUCCCGGAAAACCUCGAAACAAAAAUGCGCCAAACAUGAACGGAUGAAAAAAAAAGAGCCACAAACACAAGCAAAUUAGGAGAAGACAGCACGACCACCAUCACCAGCGCUGCGCAACAGAAGGAUGCGAAAAUAUGCCCCCAAAACCAAAUUUUAAGAAAAACUUAUUACAACUCUAUUGCCAUUGUCUAGAAGGUUUGUUUUUAAAAGUAAUUCAUUUUCUUUGUUGUUUGAGAGAUAAAAACUAAACAUUACAAUUACAAUCUAUUCGACAUUCUAAUCUAUCGUAACUGUGCCACACUAAUCAAAAAAAGUAAAAUUGUUAUCUAAGAAAAGGAGACGUGUGCUAAUGUGCCAAAUACUAUACCUUAAAAAAGCAACUGGAAAAAGACGAGUAUGUUAAAUAUUAAAAGUAAAAAAAAGUGUUAUCACUCGUUGGAGCAAUGAAACCAAAAUGUCGAUUGUCUGUAAAUUUUAAACAACCUUAAAAAAUCAAAACGCAAUGUACUGAAAAAUGGCUAGCAAAUGCUGCAUGAACGAAGAAAAAACAGUGAGCCCAGGAAUUGUAAAUAGGCAGAACAGCAGAAAUAAAAAAAAUCAUUUUAACUUCAACACCUCUAAAGUUCUAUCGUACAUCAAUCCCGGUUUUUCGUUAAAAAAAAGAAACAACAUCGAGCAAUCGCAUUUUCACACGAUGCGAGAAUGAUUAACCAACACUUUUCUGGAUGCCAAAGUCUGGGUCAAUCGUUCCCACCUCCAUUUACAGAAAUCACCGAACGCAGAAGAAAGAGGCCCCUCAAUGUGUGUACCCAAGCAAAUUAUACAAGAGCUCUUAGCUUACUGUUCGUGUUUAUUUUUGUUUAAAAGGCAGUAUUUUUCCAACCAAAAAAGCAACAAAAAUACAAGAGAUUACCCCAUAAAAGAAAAUCACAUUUUGAAUCGAUGUAUACAAACGACAUACAAAAGCAUACACACUCUAAGUAUCAAUUACAAAAAAAGAGUAAAAAAAAUAUUGUAUAAAAGGAAAUUCUACCAUCUAAACUGGAGAGAAAAAUAAAGGCAGAGGCUACUCUGAAAAAGCAAGUCA